CCGAGGCUCCGCCCCCUUGGGGCGGCUCCGGGGAGCGGCGGCCGCAGAGUCGCGCGGGUAGCGCCGGGCGGCAUUGCGGUGCGGUGGGGUCUGCGGCCGCGAUGUCGCCUCCGUCGGGCGACGCAGGCCCGGGGCCGCCGCGGACGCUGUCGGUCGCCGCGCGGCUGAGCUUCGCGGUCGGCCACUUCCUCAACGACCUGUGCGCCGGCAUGUGGUUCACCUACCUGCUGCUGUUCCUGCACUCCGUGCGCGGGUACAGCUCGCGGGGCGCGGGGCUGCUGCUGCUGCUCGGCCAGGUGGCCGACGGGCUCUGCACGCCGCUCGUGGGUUACGAGGCCGACCGCGCCGCCUGCGCGCGAUAUGGGCCCCGCAAGGCCUGGCACCUAGCGGGCACCGUCUGUGUCCUGCUCUCCUUCCCGUUCAUCUUCAGCCCGUGUUUGGGCUGCGGGGAGGCCACGCCGGAGUGGGCCGCCCUGUUGUACUAUGGGCCCUUCAUCGUCAUCUUCCAGUUUGGCUGGGCUGCCACACAGAUUGCCCACCUGAGUCUCAUCCCAGAGCUGGUGACCAGUGACCACGAGAAGGUGGAGCUCACAGCCCUCAGGUAUGCGUUCACUGUGGUCGCCAACAUCACUGUGUAUGGCAUGGCCUGGCUGCUGCUGCAUUUGCAGGGCUCCACGCACGGGAGCCAGGACAUCAGUGUGGGUGACCAGCUGGGAGUCCAGGAUGUGCCUGUGUUCCGGAACCUGGCCCUGCUGGUGGUGGCAGUGGGAGCCGUCUUCUCUCUGCUCUUCCACUUGGGUACCAAGGAGGGUCGUUGGCCCCAGCACCAGGGGACCGAACCGGAUGAGCACAGCCCCCUGGUGGCCCCUGCAGCCCAGCCACUGCUGCUGUGGAAACACUGGCUUCGGGAGCCUGCUUUCUAUCAGGUAGGCAUGCUGUAUAUGACCACAAGGCUCAUUGUGAACCUGUCUCAGACCUACAUCGCCAUGUACUUGACCUAUUCUCUCAAGUUGCCCAAGAAGUUCAUUGCCACCAUCCCCCUGGUGAUGUACUUGAGUGGUUUCUUCUCCUCCUUCCUCAUGAAGCCAGUCAACAGGCGCAUAGGGAGGAACAUGACCUACUUCAUGGGGCUGCUGGUGAUCCUGGUCUUCGCAGCUUGGGUGGCCCUGGCAGAUAAUCUGGGCGUGGCUGUGUACGGGGCCGCAGUGCUGCUGGGUGCAGGCUGUGCCACCAUCUUGGUCACCUCCCUAGCCAUGACAGCUGACCUCAUUGGCCCACACACGCAUAGUGGAGCCUUCGUGUACGGUGCUAUGAGCUUUUCGGAUAAGGUGGCCAAUGGGCUGGCAGUCAUGGCUGUGCAGAGCCUGCAUCCCUGUCCAUCUGAGCUGUGCUGCGGGGCCUGCGUAGGCUUCUACCACUGGGUGAUGACAGCGGUGACCGGCGGCGUGGGUGUGGCCGCGGCCCUGGCUCUCUGCAGCCUUCUCAUCUGGCCCAUCCGAAUUCGCACCCGGGACCCCGGAGACCAGCCCUGACCUCUGGCUCCCCAGGGCGACGUGAUGAAGGACCAGGCAGACACCCUGACCCCCGAUCUCCCAACCUGCUCGGGGUCAGAGGGCACGGCGUGCAGGUGGGGGUACCGGCCGAGCUUGCUGAGCCCUAGGGGCCGUGGGUGCCCCGUCCCACUGUUGACUCCACACACCCGCCCGCGGGGAGGCUGCCGGGGACACAUGCCCGGGCUGCGCGUGGGAGAGAUUGCCCGGCUUGUGGGGACACAGACACAUGGGUCGGUAGCACGGCUUUAUCAGAGCGCGGGUGUGAAGGCCGGGGGCAGCUGGCCGGUGGCCGGGCAGGGGCGCUCGAGGCCCCGCUGUCUGAAGUCCUGCGCUGUGAAUCGUGGCCGCUGUGGCGGCGACAGGUGCGGCACAUAGUCGGACCGCCAGGGCAGCUGUGCCCCGAACUGGUUCCUGGUGACCACUGCGGACACGACCGGACGAGCUCUGCGUGCGGGGCCGGGCGCCCCCAAUCCAUGUGCUGGCCGAGCCCGCUAGGCCACGCCCACCCCGCGCUCCCACACCGCUGCCCACUGCCGACCUAGUCGCCCUCCUGUCCCCCCCCCCAUUUUUUUUUUUUAAGUUUCCCUGUUUUGUUUUUUGACACUACCUAGCCCAGGCUAGCUGCGGGACUCGGAGGUUCCCCUCUGCCUCCAAGAGUGGAACGUCCCAAAUGCACUGCCCCGCCCCCUCCUGUCCCCAUCCCCUCCGCUCACCGAACUCCUUGCCGCGGAUUUGCCUGUCCCUCCACUGCACGCACCCCCAGCGCGGGCCCGGGUUGAGGUACUGCGCGGGGAUCGCAGGGUCCCAGAAGGCCAUCUCCCGCAAGUGCUGUGUGUAGGCUGCGGGGAGGCGCGGAAGGGCGGUGUCAGCGACAGACCCACGGUUGUGCGUGGCCGGGGGCGGGGCACUCACCGGGCGGCAGGCCGCGCUGCCGACUCUGGAAGCAGCCGUGCCAGCGUGUGUGCGCCUCGCGGUACGGCAUGUCGAGCGCCCGGGGCAGCAUGUACCAGGCAUCGCAUGCGUUCGAGUUGGUCAGGCCGGUGAACCACACCUGGCCGGCCGCGUCCCGUCCCAUGGGCGUGAACUUCCAGCGCGUGGCUUGCUUGAUGGCCGGCGCCCAACGGGGCCCCUCCAGGGACAGGUAGUCAUUGCUGAGGGAGGAUAGGGACUGAGCCGGGACGUCCUGCUGGUCCCAGCUACCGGUCCCCAGUCUCGAGGGAGUACCUGACCCCCUUACAAAGGCGCUACUAGGAGUGAGUCACCCCCUUUGCGCAGCGUCUCCUCCACGCACUUCCCCACCUGGAGUCUAGCUCAUGUGGCCGAGAAUGGCCCUGCUUGUUUGAGGUAGUUGUCACUGUUGCCCAGUCCUGCCUCAGCCUUGCGCUACUUAUGGCUGGGGAAAGGAGAGGGAGGGAGGGAGCCUGUAACUCCCCACGGAUGGUGCUCCUGGGUGAAGUGUGCGUGGGAGGCCUUGCAGGCUGCAGGACUGGUGCUGGCAGAGAAAGGCCCCGCGGCCGAGGCGGCCUGUCAUCAGCACCACAGCACCCAAGACGGAGCAGGCCUAUGAGAUGGGCCUUUUCCGCUGCGUGUGGUGGCAACACUUACCCUGCGCUAAUUAGGAAGGUCUCUGCGGGUUUAUGAAUAACUGGGGAUACAAGAGAAAUCUAAAGAUGAAGGGUACUGUGGCCGCCACGGCAGCACAUGUGGACAGGAGAACCAACUUCCUCAGCUAGCCGCCACCUCAUCACACCCAGGAGGAGGGCUGGGCACGCUGCUGCCACUACCUCUCCUGCAUGCCGCCAACAGACUUGUCUAGGAUAUGUGGGAGGGCAGAAUCCCAUUGUUGAACCUGGCAGUUUCCAAAGAGUUUAGAGCUGGACACCCCUCUGCUUGGGAAUGGGGUGUGCACAACCCCUUUCUGGGCUGCAGGCGAGGGGAGCUGGUGUCUGGGCGAAGAGAGGUACCAAAUGCAGGGACCCACCGGUAUAGAUGGUCUGGAAAGUAGAGUUCAAGGGUGCCUGAGGGAACAGAGGGCCGAGAAGCCUCCCGCCUCACGUUUUCCAUGUCUGGCCCUGCCUUCCCGGAGGCUCUAGUCACCAAGGCCCUGGGGCCAUUGUUGACAGGGACAAAGGUAUCCCAGCAACAGGGAAGUGGGCAGCUACAGUCCAUGACCUCAACUCACCUCCUGCUGUGUGGCCAGGACCUUGAGUGUCCCACAGCAAGAGGCCACGCCCUCCCCAUCCACAGCAGCCACUCACCCCACCUCCAUCUGUGUCCUCCAGACACAUUCUAGGAAGGGCACAUGAGUGGCCGUGGUGCUCAGCAAAGGAACCCAGAGACAAAGGCCACAAAGCACGGGCUCCAUGACAGAUCCACGGAAGGAAGUGGGUGCCCGGAGUCCUCAGUGGGUGGUAGAAUGUGCUGGAGUCUUUGGGUGCAUCCGGGGCCCAGCGUCUGUUCCUACUGUUCAUGCAUCCUGUGUGUCUCAUAUCAGUCAAUAAAUGCUAACCCAGCC